UCCGGCAUUACAUCUUAACGGUUGAUCACUGCAAAAGUAAAUCACCCAUUCACCGGUGACUGUACUUCUUGAAUCUGCGCUAAAGUUGAAUUCAAAGUUGGUGUCCGGGUACAGUUUUUUACUUUAUACUUUUUAAUUUAUCUGCGAUUCUGAGGUGGACAAGCUCUCUAAUACUGCUCUGAGAAAGUAUAUUAUAUCGUCAGACCGGAGAUUUUGUACAGCCCUUACGGUGUAGGUUUGAAGGAUAAGAAUGAUGACCUUUAAUACGAGUAUAUUCGCUGCUGUAUUUCUUGUGGCAUGUCUGAGCGGUACAGCGUCUGGACUUUCCUGUUACGAAUGCCAGGGCAGCGCCACGGAUGUUGACAAAUCCUGUCUGGAUCCGUUCAACCCGAAAACCAAUACGGUGAAACAGCGUCCUUGCAGUGAGUUCGGAAGUGGUCAGUUCGUGUGCACCAAGACUGUGUCCGAAUCACACACCGACACGCUGCAAGCUUUCCAUGGCACUGUCACCCGCGGCUGUCAGCGUAUUAAUUCCGGCGGCCCGGCUUUGUACAACCGGCUUGACCUGACUUCGAACACCUAUUUGUGCGAGACCAAUUUAUGCAAUUCUUCUUCCAUCGUCGCAUCGUCCAUAUUAUUGUUAUUCUUAAUUUCGCUGUUAAGCAUAGUUCUGCGCAGUUUAUAAGAUCGCUUGUAACAUAAUUUUACAUCGAAUUACACUUUACGAGCAAACACAAACAAAGGUCAACAAAGAUUAAUUCCGUAGA